AUAAUUCGCAGGCUCAGUUUCGUGACGUUUUUUGAUACGAUAACAUAUUAAUAUCGCGAAGAUACUAUGAAAAAAUCAUGAAUAUUCAUUUGUGUUUUAUUGUAACCAUAUUCGUCGUAGCUGUACAAAGUUUAAAAUGUCGAACUCGCGAACACAUGAAACAGCAACAAGAUUUCUAUAAUUUAGCCAGCAAUUGUAUGAAAUCGUCGAUGAACGUAAUGCACCAGACGCCAAUGUCGACCGCAACAGGCUCAGGCUCCUCGUGGGGGGAACAUCGACAACAACAGCAGAAUGUCAAUAACCGAAACCAAGACAGGAAUCGUAACAAUUACGAUGGCGGCAGCGGUAAUACAUACGAAAGUAAUUCGUCUCAGGACCACAGAUACGAUAGGAAUAAAAUGAAUUAUGGCGGUAAUACGAACGAUAUGUCUUAUAAAAUGCACAAUACCUGCCCAGAUCAAUAUUACUUUCGAAAUAAUAAUAACAACUACGACAACAAUAAUAAUGAUAAUAAUAACAAUAACAACCCUUAUAAAGAUGAUUCGCGUUACCAGAGGAGGUUUAAAGAGAGACGAGAUACGGUGGCUGUGCAGAAAUUCAAUAGGAAAAAUUCUACUACGACUGGAUCUAAAAAUAAAUCACCUUUGGAAGAAAUCGGAUCGUGCGUCAUUCACUGCAUAUUCAGGGAGAUGAAAAUGUUGAAUAACGAAAAUAAAGCUGACCGAAUGGCGAUGACCAACGUAAUGACCAGUCGAAUAAGAGAUUCAGAAUUGAAGGAAUUCAUUCAAGAUUCGAUUGAAGAGUGUUUUGACAUCAUGGACACAGAACAAUUAAUUACCGAUAAUAACGAAGAGCAUUGCGAUUUCUCGAAAAAGCUAAUUUUAUGUCUGGAAGAAAAAGCGAAACGAGGAUGCGAAGAUUGGGAAAUACGAGACAAUUCCACUCAACCGGAUUUCAAUUUCAAUAAAGAAGACGAAGACAGGGCCACGAACGAUAAUCGAAAUACGAAUCAAAAUGGAUACUUCAACUCGAACAAUAAGUUCAACGGACGUUAUCCCAACUUCAACAUGGGUCAAAGAAGAACGUAAUUCCUAAUCUCUUGUAAUAUUAUUACUGGCUUUUCUAAAAUCUCCAUUGAUACAUUAUUGUACUAUAAUAAAACUCAGUUUUUAAAUCAUGUCAACAGA